UGUUCCUGUCCAUAUAGUUUUUGUUUCGCGAUCUUUGCUGUCUGCUGUUUGGAUAUGUUCUAGUCCUCAAAUUUGUGCAUCUUUUCAUAUUCCACUACGGUAAAUUCCUUUGGGACUUAAGAUAUGCCCAACGUCUGCGCAGUUGAAUGCUGCGAGACGAAACAGAUUCGUGGAUGCGGUGUACGCUUCCAUAAACUACCGACAAAGCAGCCCGUGCGAAGCUUGUGGUUGAGGGCACUUCGAAGACGGGACGGCAACCGCACUGUUCUGGUCUGCUCGAGACAUUUUCCUUCGCACUCGUAUGAACGGAACUUGUCAGUGCUACAAGAAAUUGGUUUGAGUUUGCGCAAUGCGCGUCUCCGGGAAGAUGCUGUUCCGACGCUCUACCUUCAUGAGCAUGACGCUCGGCCAGCGGAAAAUAGCAAGCUGAAUGGUGAAGCACUUGACCUGAAUAACUUGUCAAUUCCUGAAUGGGACCCUGCACCUCCCUCCCGACCACGAAAGCGAACUUGUCACAAACACGCAGUGCCUGGGAAGUUAGUUGAGUCAAAGGAAAAAGCUGAACCCACCCCGAGAAUGGCUUCCGUGGGCAUCCAAACGCAGCAACAGAGACGUUCCACAUCGACCCAGUGUGCCCUCGGGUUCUUCAAGAACUGUGCUACGCAGACAGGAAUCCUGCCUGCAGCUUCAACCAGCCGGCUCACAGUUGUACAACAGUCAUUGCUCAGGGGUGCCUUAGUCAAUCCACAUCCAAAUGUACAAUUACCGGCGGCGUUACCUGGUGUAAAGUCCACAAAAGAAGCACGUACUCACGAUGACGCUGACAUUGACGUGAGAGAACAAAAUACUGAAAAUGACAAGGGCCCAUUUCAUCCAACAAACUCUGAAAGGGACACGGAUGAAAAUGGUGAAGAGGCCACGCCGUUACAGAAGACAUGCAUUGUCUUCCCGAAACAGCUUCUGGACCUUUCCAAGACCAGGUACCCGGAGGCAAAUGGUGAGGGUUGAAGACUGACUGGAAAGCUGGAUUCAAGCAUUUCCUGCAUGAUAUCAAUGGUCCUCACCUCUCCCAGGACCUUAUGCCACAUGCGGAGGCCUUGACCUAUCCUGUCAGAUGCGUGGCAAAGCAACCACUGCAGGAACUUAUGAGAUAAAAGACAAACAGUGACCGCGUAGAAGAUCUGCUGUGUUAGCUGUGAUGGGAAGAGUCAGUUGCCUGAAUGUGUGACCCAACAAGCCUGCUUUGCUAAACGUGAACAAUUUGAAUCAAUGUCAAGAACCAUCCCGAUAAAUUACUCAGUCUUGCAGGUGUAAUUACUGUCCUUUCAUGAAUCCUGAGUCAGACAUGAAUCCUGAAUGAAUCCUGAAUCAGACAGAGAUGUCCAAAUUGGAUGUCACUGGAAUCAGCUGGUACAGUUGCAGAUGCUGAUGGAAUUGGGUGCUAAUGGUGAUUUUUUUUUUACUAAAAGGCAACAUUAAAGAAUUUAAAA